AUGGAAGUCCAGCUGUACAUCUACGACCUCUCACAGCCAUCGCUGAAACAAUCUAAUGCCAUCCAGGGCCUCGCCCGUCAGUUUUCUCGAACAUUGACUGGCAUUCACAUCGACGCCAUCUAUCACACGGCAGUCGUCUUUAACAAUGUCGAAUAUUUCUUCGGCCAAGGGAUUCACAAGAAAGUCCCUGGUUCAACACACCAUGGUCGACCCAUGAAAGUCGUGAGUUUGGGCAAGACGGACCUCCCGCUUGAUGUCGUCCACGAGUACAUCGAGUCAUUAGAACAGAUCUACACUCCAGAAUCGUACGACCUGUUCUUGCACAAUUGCAACAACUUCACCCAAGAUCUAGCUAUGUUUCUCGUGGGGAAGAGUAUUCCUGACGAGAUUCGAAGCCUCCCCGAAACUUUUCUGAAUACUCCCAUUGGGCAGAUGUUGAGAAGCCAGAUUGACGAGUCGAUGAGGACCAUGACUCAGGCCCCCGAUGCUGUCGCCGGUCAGAAUGCUAGCUGUACUCAACCGGCUGGGCAAAAAUCUUCGAACGCCGUUCACAAGGACAUUCAAACCUCUUCGAUUGCCCGAGGACCAACCCACAAAUUCGCUACGCCUACCAUUAUCAAUGCCCAGCCACCCACAGAUAAUCCAGGCCAUGUCCACAACAUAACCACACUUUCUGAACUGGACUCCCUGCUCUCCUCAACCUCACACUCCUGCGCCGUGGUAUUCUUCACCUCGGCGACAUGCCCGCCAUGUAAGAUCGUCUAUCCUACGUACGACGACUUAGCUUCCGAGGCCGGCACGCUCUCCGGUGCGAAGUUAAUUAAAAUCGACAUUUCGGCAUGCCCUUCGGCUCAUGCGGUCGCGCAAAGAUAUAGCAUCCGCGCGACACCGACAUUUAUCACGUUCCUCAGGGGGCAGAAGCAAGAUGAAUGGGCUGGUGCCAAUCCAGCGCAAUUGAGAGGCAAUGUUCAGUUGCUGCUGCAGAUGGCAAAGCCGCCGCAGCAUCAGCACUCGAAGCUGAGGUUACCGACGUUUCAACGAGUUAUUGAGACGCCGAUUCUCUACACGAAGACGCCGCCUUUAGAAAAGCUGCUCGCGAAACUGGACAAGGCCUUCUCAGAUGACAAGUCAGUGCAGGGUCUCGUGAGCUACAUCAAGACACGCGACGCGAAGGGUAUGACGGAAGCUGCACUUCCAGAUCUGCACGCCUUCAGUGACCAUAUUGCUUCACAGUUUACCAGCCUUCCGGGAGAGAACCUUUUCGCAGCUAUCGAUCUCGUACGGGUUGCGACUGUUGACCCCCGUGUCGCCAGUUUUCUGACCGCUGAACACGAACAUCGCACACUCUCAACACUCUUCAAUACAGUCCAGAUCUCGCAAGGCGACUUCGCAAACGCACCCUACAACAUUCAAUCUGUCACUCUCCAACUUGCCUGCAACUUGUUCUCUUCCAAUAUCUUCCAGGAGCAGAUCUUCGAUCUGCGCUCGUCGUCAUCUUCCUCCUCCACCAGCAACCUGAAAGAGAAGAUCGAAGUCAUUGCGGCGCAGUGCCUGCUAUCGCAGCAUUUGAAUUCGAGAUCCAUGGCUGCAGCGUUGAUAUACAACCUUGCCAGUUGGACUCAUAAUGCUCGGAUAUACGCGCAUAACUUCCCACCGUUAUCCAUUGAGGCACCCGCACAAGAAGGAGGUGCAGUGAGCGACGACCUUGCCGCCGCUUUGCUCGAAAGCACCUCGUCCCUCGCAACACUCAGUCCGCCCGCAAGCCCAACUCCGUCAGGCGGCGGCAAUCUCAAAGACACGCUUCACGCUCUCCUACUUACCCUUGGUGUGCUUCUCUACUCAGCCCCGGCCGAGGACAUGCUUUGGGAUCUGGGUCCGGCGAUGGAGCUCAAGGAUGUUCUGAAGGAGCUAGGGAAGAGGGAAGAUUGUAAAGGGGAGAAGUUGUUGAAAGAGGUUGGGGAGGAACUAUUAGGCAAAGGUGGGUUCUGA